CAGACGAGGGACAGCGCUUCAGUUUGGAGCACCUUGCAUGUGAGUGUGUUGUAAGUGUGUGUGAGGGGCAUGUGUGUGUGUUUGUGUGUGCGUUUGUGUGCAAACUUUAAAUAAAAGUGUCUGCGGCAAACAAAGCUGAAGGAUAUAUUUCGAUAAAGCAUCAGAGGAGUCGCAUUUCAACAUCUGUGCACCUAGAUCUGAUGCUUCCCGCCAUCACCAUGGAAACGGAGGCCAGCCACAUGCUGGAGGCAGCUCUGGAGCAGAUGGAUGACAUUAUCGCAGGUUCAAAAGCAGCAGCGUCGGAGUUCUCUAACAACGUGUAUGACCUGGGUUCUCCCGUCAGUGCUGGUCCACUGCAGGUCGUUCAGUUAGCUGAGGACCUCAAACUCGCCCUGGAGCUCCAGCCCAGCCAGCAGGGGAAAGACAGCCUCAGAGCACAGCUUCCUACAGAGACGGCACAGGCUCUCAUAGAGUGGCUUCAGACGGGAACUGUGAACCUCUGCACUCCGGCCAACAAUGAGACCUACCAAGAAAGACUGCUUCGCCUAGAGGGAGACAAGGAGUCUCUGGUGCUACAGGUGAGCGUUCUGACUGACCAGGUGGAAGCUCAGGGAGAGAAGAUCAGAGACCUGGAAAGUUCUCUGGAGGAGCACCGACAAAAACUGGCCUCCACAGAGGAGAUGCUUCAACAGGAGCUGAUGAGCAGGACCUGUCUAGAGACUCAGAAGCUGGAUCUCGUGGAUGAGGUGUCGUACCUCAAACUGAAGCUCGUCAGCAUGGAGGAGACAAAUACACCAGCAGAGACAGAGCAGAACAAGGCUGAGUGUGUGGUUAACUUCAUCAGUGAGCUCCAGGAGCAGAUGUGCAAGUUUCAGGAGGAGAUCAGCACUCGUAUCCAGGAGAAACGAGCCCUGGAGGAGAGGGAGUCCCAGCAGGGGGAGCCCAGUGGCAGCCAAGCCCAGGGCCACAGCCCGCAGGUCAGGUCAGCUGGCUCAGACCGGAGCCCGUCUGGCUCUGAUGUCCGGAUCCACAAUGGAGGACAGACUGUACACGAUUUGAUACAAGAAGUGAGGCAACUGAAGAGCAAAGUGGAGGAGCUGGAGGGAGAGAAGGGCCAGUAUGAGAGGAAACUGAGAGGCACAAAGCUCUCCAUCUCUUAUUCUCUCCAUGUGUGUUACCAGUCGCUCAUGACCCAGCUGUCCAGCCUCAAGCUGACUGUGGAGCACACACAGCUGGAGAAGCAGCACUGGGAGGAGCGCUGGCGCGGCGCACAGGCAGAAAUCGCAGAGCUCCAGCAGAUCCUUUCAUCCAAAGACACUGAAAUCGAAUGCCUGCAGACCCAGCUGCUGACCAGAGGUGGCACAGCCAAUGACAACGCAGAGAGAGACCAAGAAUACCAGAGGUUAAAGGUCGGGAUGGAGUCUUUGUUAGCUUCAAAUGAUGAAAAGGACAGACGUAUUGAGGAGCUGACCGUUCUACUUGGUCAGUACAGAAAGAUGAGGGAUGUCAUGGCACUCACACAGGGGAGUAGUGAAGAGGAGCUGAGCGGUAGUUUGGGACUCAGAGCCAUCACACACAAAGCACACUCUGAUAUCCUCAGGUCAGAGAUAUCAUCCAGAGGAUCUUCUCCACUUAUGUUAUCCUCGUCUCCGUACCAGAGAGAGCUGGACUUUAGUAUGCAGAACCCUUUGGACAUAUCCCUGGUGUCUGCUGGGGAUCCAAGCUUCUUUAAUGGCUCGUGGCAUCAGCGCAGGUUGCUCUCCAGCAGUCUGGAAGAGCUGCAGAGUGGAUCCUUACAGAAGGCUGUACAGAUCCAGCCAGUAGAAACAGAAUCAGACGUAGGGGCAGAGAGUCCACACAUGGAGCUGAGUAAGUACCAGACUCUGCCUGGGAAGCUGAGUAAAAGGAGCAAACUGAGGGCUGAGCUGAACGGUGACGGAGAGGAGGACGAUCAGUAUUUAUCACCCGUCCAGCUCUCUCCUGUCCCUAACCACGACCAGGAACACAGACUCGUUCGCUGCAGGAGUGCCAGUGCUCCGGCUUUAGGAUCACCUGGGAAACACGAGCUCUAUGAUGUUGAGCGUCCAGAGAAGCUGGGGGAGAGUGUUCUCUCAGACCAGUCCCCUCUGUCCUCUGGAGUGGACUCAGGACAGCAGUCCCCGGUCUCACCAGAACACCGCAAGAAUCACAGAGGCAUUAAGAAACUCUGGGGAAAUGUUGUGUCUGUCCACAGGAUCCGUCGCAGCCAGUCAGGUAGUCCCUCCCAGGGUCAUGACCCCGAGCUCGGAGAGUUCAAGAGGGGAGGCUUCAGAGCUACAGCUGGACCAAGACUGGCCCGUUCAGGACACACACGAGACAUUAAGAUGCCUUUUUCUAAGUGGAGCACAGAGCAGGUGUGUGACUGGCUGGAGGAAAUGGGACUCGGCCAGUACAGCAUACUCGCUCACCACUGGGUCACCAGUGGUCAGACUCUGCAGUCUGCCAGCCUGCCGGACCUGGAGAGGGAGCUGGCAAUGAAGAACACGCUCCACAGGAAGAAGCUUCAGCUCGCCAUCAAGACGCUCAGCAGCAAGCAUCCUGAGAAGUCUGCAGAGCUAGACUACAUCUGGGUCACUCGUUGGCUGGAUGACAUCGGCCUCCCUCAGUACAAGGACCAGUUUAAUGAUGGGAGGGUGGAUGGGCAGAUGCUGCAGUAUCUGACUGUGAAUGACUUGUUAGUCCUAAAAGUAACCAGCCAGCUGCAUCACCUCAGCAUCAAGUGUGCCAUUCAUGUUCUCCAUGUCAACAAGUUCCACCCUAACUGCCUCAAACGCAGGCCCAACAAUGAGAACCAGUUCUCUCCCAGCGAGGUGGUCCAGUGGUCCAACCACAGAGUCAUGGAGUGGCUGAGAUCUGUGGAUCUGGCAGAGUACGCACCAAACCUGAGAGGCAGUGGUGUUCAUGGAGGGCUGAUAAUACUGGAGCCUCGGUUCAACUCGGACACGAUGGCCAUGCUGCUGAACAUCCCUACUCAGAAAACACUGCUGAGACGCCAUUUAGCCACCAACUUCAACAACCUGGUGGGAGUACAAGCUCAGCAGGAGAAGAGGGAGUACAUGGAGGCACCGGGGUACACACCGCUCAGUAUAACAGCUAAAGUCAAGCCGAAGAAGUUGGGUCUGUCUAACUUGACUCACCUCAGGAGGAGAAGGCCGGAUGAGUCCACAGACUACGUUUGUCCCAUCCAGUCGUCCUCGCCACAGUCAGGACAGUCUGCGGCUAACGGUGUACAGGUUCGGCCGUACGCUGGCUUUAGAGGCCUGAGUCCCAUUCUGGACCGAGAGCCCGACCGCCCCAGAGACCAGGUGGGGCACGAUGACAGCAGAGCCGAUCCAUCUCCAUGACAACAGCUUCAAGAACAUUAUGGCAAUACUGUGUUGACACGCUUCCCAUAAGCCAAUGGGCUCUGCUACUACUCUGCUUCCUUUGCUUGUGACCCAUAAUCCUUCAGCACAUCCUCUCCCUGCUCCUCUAAACCCCGCUCAUCAGCCCCACCCCGUGCCUUAUGAGUGAAAAGAUUCAGAGACGCCUCGAUAACCCUUCUGUCAGUCACUGCUGCUGGUCAUGAAGGGUGUACUGAGAACGUGAAUCUAAACACAUGAAGUAUUUUAAUUGUGAUUCCUGUCAGAUGUUUAACUGACCCGACCUCAAACCUGUGCCAUGAUCUAAGUUAUCAUGAGAGAACACAGCCUCUCUCUGGACUCCACUUCCUGUGACAUCACUUCCUUUGAUCCAUACAGUCAAAUAUGGAUACCUGUUGUUGUACAGUAUUAAAUAUUUGUUCUAACAUUUGUGCAAAAUCAUUAGAGGAUUUUAUAUGCGUGUCAGUCUUUGAUUUUCCAUUUUAAAAGAGUUCUGUCUCAUGGUUGAGAUGAACUUGUGCAAUAUUUGCAUCUUAUUAAGGAGGGUUUUUAUUUAAUAUUUAUGUUAUUGCAGAAGAAAGGAUGAUAUAGCAUGUUUGAACAUGAGGUGAUGAUUUUGUACUGUUAUUUUCAUAUUUACAGUAUUGCUGUAAUAGUAUUUUUAUAGUUAAGAAAACCCUGCUCCUCUUCAGGAAGCUUUGUGCUCUUGAUAAUGUAAAAAAAAGAUUUAUCGAAACAUUUAAUAAACAAAAUCAUAUGUGUGUUAAA